CCGUAUUUGUCGCUCUAUAGGACACACUUUUCCCCCUCCAAAAUUAAAGGGAAAUGUGUGUGCGUCCUAUGGAGCAAAUGCAGGCUCCUUGGCUUCAGCGAUAACAACGUGAAGCCUCCGAAGAGGGAGUGCUCCCAGUCCCACCAGGAGAUGCUGGGGACUGAACCUGAUGCCUUCUGCAUGCUAAGCAGUUGUUCUACCACUGAGCUAUGGCCCUAGCUCACAAUAUUGCUGUCAGGAUAAAAUGGAGAAGGUGGAGGCUGAAGUGUGUAUGCUCUGUGGAGGAAAGGUGGGAUAGAAGUAUAAGAAGGAAUAAAGUAUGUAAACUAGCCUAUUAAGUGAAUAAACCACAGUAUAUUUUUAACCUAAUAAUUUGUAUAUAAAUUAUAAAAGUGGUAUAUAAAUUUUGUUAAAUAAAAAAAGAGGAAAUGUUCAGACUUUCAAACAGUAUGUUAUGCUUGAGCCUUCAUUGCUGAAACUCCCAACAGCAUUUUCAUGCUCACAAACACCUGAUGAAGGAACCAUUGUGACAUAACCCAUUCAAGCAGAGUGAAGGGGCAACAGGCUGUCAACAGUGGCAGUAGUUGGGGGCUCCCAUCUAUUAAAAAGCCACAGAAAGUCUUUUCAGACUGCCUGAGGAAUUAAUCCCUUAUUUAACGUUCAUAAUUGCUGGAUUGAUUUAACAGGACUGGAGCUAACAUUUGCAUGGAUUUGGCACCAUUGAUAGGGAACUGCCUGCUGCGUCCUCCGCUUUGAAGUCACCCUGGUCUUUGGGCCUCCAGCACCUUCUUCAGCAUGUCCAACCCAUCUUAGAGGCGUAUGAUACUGGUGUUCCACUGGGUUAGGAAGAAGCCCCUGACAGAGAAGCCGUGCUCUACCAUCUCGGCCAGACCUUCUGCCUCUGCACCGGCUUGCAACACUCCUCACAUUUCACCCUACUUCACGAGGAGCAAGACACAACCCGCUCCGCUCAGGAGGUCCAGCAGGCGCAAGAUGCUGCGAUUGCCGAAUCUCACCGGCCCCAAGUUUUUAAGAUCUGUCAUUGGCAGCGUUGGCCGGAAGAGAGCCCGCAGGCGUGGCAAGCAAAAGAAGACUCCAGCGGGAACAGGAAAAGGGGUGAGGGCUAGGCUAGAGGCAAGAAGGCUCCAAAGCUAUUUGCGGGGUGGGAUUGCUUUGGAAGAUGCCUUCUCACAAUCUCUACCCUUGAACCAUGUAAGGACAUAAGAAGUGCCUUCUCAGGGAUAGCCGCCUGAAGCCUUCGGAGCGCAGUGCAAGUUCCCGCUGUGUUCCAGAGGCUUCAGGUUCCUUUCGCUGAAGCCAGGAGAGUCUUGACCCACUGCUUCCCCCCACUGCCAGCCCCACAAGCUCGGGGGGCAGCGGGAAGGUGGCGCGCAGCCUUUGCGCUGCUCCCCGACCUGGUCUUUGAGGCUGGCGGUGGGGGAAAGCAGCCCUCCCCCCCGCAAACCCCAAAGAGCAGGUCGAAAGGAACCCGAAGCCUCCGGAGCCCAGCGGGAACUCCCGCUGCGCUCCUGAGGCUUCGGGUUGCCUUCACUGAAGCCUGGAGAGCGAGAGGGAUCAGUGCGCAGCGGCCCCUCUCGCUCUCCAAGCUUCCAAGGUAGCUGCCUGAAGCCUCCAGAGCUGCUCCGGAGGCUUUGGAUAAACGCACCUUGAAUGCACAGAACGCAGGGGCUCCGUUUCUCCUGCCGCUUCGCUGAAGGGGCGCUGAGCAGAGAGGGGAAGAAUUUUUUUUCUUGUUCUCCCCCUCUAAAACAAGGUUUGUCCUAUGAUCGGGUGCAUCCUAUAGAGCGAAAAAUAUGGUAAUCAUUAAAAUAAAUAGGAAUUGUGGGUCAAAACUGUACUUUAAAUCUGUGGGUUUUGUUAUACUCUUAUUUUAAAAGGCACAAUUUCCAUGCAAUUUGUAUGUAUAUUUUUCUCUGCUGUGGUGGUCUUGAUAACCCUGUGCUCUAUCUGAUGAACAAAUGAACUGAAAGUUUGCACACUUUUCUGUUUUAUGACAUGUCAGUGUAGUGUGUACACACACUAGGAAGCAGCAACCGAUUGCAGUUUCCCAACAGAUGCAGUUCACACAAUACUUUUGUGUGUGUGUGUGUUUUAAUAUAGAAGUGGACAGUGGAGAAAACUAAUGCCCCUUUGAAACAGGCAAAAGCACUGUAAAAUCCUCACCGUGCAAGUUCCAUAAUCCAUUUCCUUAGCUUGUGUCCACAUGGAAACCUUAAGAAACCAUAUGCAAUUCUCAAUUUGGAAGUCAUGUGAGCAAGAGAAGGGGGUUAUAAUUGCAUCUGAAAUGAGUAGAAAGUGAAUCUGUUAUGGGUCAGUGACUCAGCAAAGCUCAUGCUUUCAUCAUUUUGAAGAUUCUUCAAGCCUCUGAGAAUUCAUUCUUGCUUCCAAGGAGCAGGAGAGAGUGUGAGAGAGAGAACUAGCAGCUACUUCUCUUGCAGACAUGGCUUAUUGGAACCCCUUCCUUCUCUUCAGCUUGAUGGCCCCUUGGAUCAUGCUCUGUCCAUCUCAUGCCUUUCCAACUGGUGCUCCUGCAUCAGCCUGUGAGAAUAUGUUACCUAUUCACACAGGGACCCAGCCUCAACAGACUCCAGCACCCUAUGAAUUCCUAGUUAGUACACCCUAUUUCCUAAACGGGCAGCCUGUUAAUGGUAAGUUUCUAAACUGGAUUUUAAAAACUUUGGUUGAUGAUAGAUAGAUGUCUGUAAUAAUACCUUUGUUUUAUUCAAUAAUUUAUUAAAAAUGAGGGGAGAAGAAAUCUAUAUAUUCUCAUUAAUUAACUCACAAAAUUAUUUUUUAAAAAACACAAAAGAAAAAUGUUAUAUAAUGUAAUUACUAACCCGAGCUAACAUAUUUAUCAAGUUUUUCCUCCUAAGAUAUAGGUAGGCACAAAUGCAAAACCCUUUGCAACCUUCUCUGUACUUCAUCAUAAUGGUGGUAUGCAACUAAGUUUUACUCAGAGUAAACCUACUGAAAUUAAUAAAAGUGACUAAGUUUUGUCCGUUAAGUUCCAUAGGUGUAAUUGGAGUAAAACUUAAUUGAAUACCAGAUAGAGUUACAGUUUGCACUUAGUCUCUUUCCAGAAAAGGCUUUUGAUAAUGUUGCUGCAUAUGUCUCUAGUUUGUUGUGGGUAUAUGGGUACCCUCAUCCACCCACCCUACCCUGUUUGUGGGUGCCCUGACCUCCUCUAGACUCCUCAGUGCUGGAGUUUAAUCAGUUAUUUGAGAAUUAAGAUGGGCUCAUAGACAGUUUCAUUUAACAGUGGGACAAUGCAGCCUAACUUUGUUUUUCUGGACCACGGUAUCACUUUGGGUAUAAGUCAUUAAGAACAACAAAGGCUGGUGAUGGCCAGGCAUCAACCCUUCAAUUGGGUGACGCCUGUGAAAGACAGGGAAUGGGGGCUCUCUUCCAAAUGUGUGUGUCAGUGGGCAGAGAAGGAAAAGGUUAGGGUUUCAGCAGGGAUGGUGUAGGCCAGUGGUUUUCAACCAGCCUGCCAUGGCACUUAAGGAUAAUCAGAGGUGCCGCUUACAAGCUCCCCAGGCUAUGGUGCCUCUAGGGCUGGCCAGCAGCUGCUUCCCAGGCCUCAGUGGGGCAGUGUGAGGAGGCACCUCUCUUGGGGGUGGGGGAGCAGCUUAGAGACCAUUGGCAGCAGCUGCAGCUCCCCAAGACUCCCAAGGAGAGGAGAGGAGGCUGAAGGAACCCUCCACACGGGAGGGUGUUUCAAAAGGGGUGAGGAGCUGCCAACUCUGCAGGCAAGGGGUGACAUAACUGGGCUUCUGAGCCCCACGGGGGGGGGGCCGAAGAAAGAAUGUAGUCGGUCAAGAACAGCCAGAGAACCAUACAGUAUAUAUAUAUAUAUAUUUUUAUAAGAUAUUUAUUGAGAUUUUUUGAAAUAUUACAGUGCAAAUGAAAAAGAAAAAAAAGGAAAAAAAAGAGAAAAAUGCAAAAUAAAAACAGUUAAAAACACACAUAUUUUCCAUUACUUAUUUUCCUUUAGCUUAUUUCCCGGACCUCUUCAUACCUCCCUUUUUUGUAUUCCACUUCAAUUUAUUGGUUCAGCAAAUCCUUACCAUUAGAUUUUAACCCAUUUAUAACCCUUUUUUCAUAUUCUCUUAGAGCAUUACAGCUGGAAACCGCUUAAUUACUAUCCAACAUCAUUCUAUCAUUCAUUAAUUUUACAAUAUUUCUGUAGAUAGUCUUUAAAUUUCUUCCAAUCUUCUUCCACCGACUCUUCUCCCUGGUCUUGGAUUCUGCCAGUCAUUUCUGCCAAUUCCAUAUAGUCCAUCACCUUCAUCUGCCAUUCUUCCAAAGUGUCUUCCAAUACUUUGCAAUGAGUAUUCUUGCUGCUGUUGUAGCAUACAUAAAAAAAGUUCUGUCCUUCUUUGGCACCAAUUGGCCGACAAUGCCCAGAAGAAAGGCCUCUGGUUUCUUCAAGAAGGUAUAUUUAAAUACCUUUUUCAGUUCAUUAUAUAUCAUUUCCCAGAAAGCCUUAAUCCUUGGGCACGUCCACCAAAGGUGAAAGAAUGUACCUUCAGUUUCUUUACAUUUCCAGCAUUUAUUAUUGGGCAAAUGAUAGAUUUUUGCAAGCUUGACUGGGGUCAUGUACCACCUGUAUAUCAUUUUCAUAAUAUUCUCUCUUAGGGCAUUACAUGCCGUAAACUUCAUACCUGUGGUCCAUAACUGUUCCCAGUCAGCAAACAUAAUAUUAUGUCCAACAUCUUGUGCCCAUUUAAUCAUAGCAGAUUUCACCGUUUCAUCCUGAGUAUUCCAUUUCAACAGCAAGUUAUACAUUCUUGACAAAUUCUUAGUUUUGGGUUCUAACAGUUCUGUUUCUAGUUUUGAUUUUUCCACCUGGAAGCCAAUUUUCUUAUCCAAAUUAUAUGCCUCCAUUAUCUGAUAAUAAUGAAGCCAAUCUCUCACUUUGUUUUUUAAUUUCUCGAAACUCUGCAAUUUCAAUUUGUCUCAUUCUUGUUCCAAGAUUUCCCAAUAUUUCGGCCAUACAGUAUAUAAGGAAUGGGGAAUCUUUGGUCCUCCAGAUGCUGCUGAAUUAAAAUUGCAAUCAGUCUCAGCAAGCAUAGCCAAUGGCCAGGGCGAUUUGAGCUGCAGUUCAGCCACAUCUGGAAUGCCAAAGGCUCCCCAAACAUAAUAUAUAGCCUGUUCCUGGACAGGUUAGAAACACCAUUAUAGGUCCAGCUGCGGAAAACAAGUGAUUUAACCAAACCAGGCUUAUUUGUUACAUGAUGCCUGUCAUCUUUCUCCAGUUCAGAUCCUUGGUUCUGCAUACAGAGGGUUACUGUUGGAAGCUCGUGCAUUUGGUUCCACAGCUGCAUUAGGUUUUUGGCAAACUCCUCCCAAUAAUACUAAAUUAUUACAGGUAAGAGACAAACGGUCAUUCUUUAGUGUCUGCUGUAGCAAAAUCAUUGCCAGAAACAGUCCCCAUUCCCACUCCAAACCAGAGAAGGGUCACAGAUUGAACGAUACAACUCAUAGUUGAUCCAGCUAGUUAUUCAUUUUUUCUGCACUUACAGUUUGAUGAGGUGAUAUGCCAGUGGUUAAGGAUUGUGUGGUCCUUUAGAUGUUGCUGGACUCCAAUCAGCUCCAGACAGCAUGGCCAGUAGUCAGAGAUGAUGAUAGGAUUUGUAGCCCAAAAUCUGGACAACUUAAAUAUUCCCAUCUCUGGGCUGUGGGGAUGAGAUUAGUUUAGACUUCCUCACUCUGGUAUCUUCCAGAUGUUUUGGGCUACACUUCCCAUCAGCUGCAUUAGAGAAUUUGGCCACAUCCUAAAUCAGGGGUGGCUAAUUGUGGUCCUCUGAAUGCUGUUGAAGCUCUAGCUCCCAUCACCCUUGAUCAUUAGACAUGCUGGCUUGGGCUAGUGGGAGCUGGGGUCUGACAAUGUCUGGAUGGCCACAGAUUAAUCAUCCCUGCCCUAAACAGCCUGUCUGUGAAGAAAUGGCAACAUGUUCAGGAGAGCAAGUCAGAAAGGAAGGCUCACAUGUCUUUUAUUAAAAUAAGUGGGAAGUUCAACACUUCUGAUAUCUGGACAGCAGAAGUGACCAAAAAUCCUAAAAUGGCUGGUUCCAAAUGUCCAAAACAGGUUUUGGGGAACUUUAGCCCUCCAGAUAAUGGGAUAAUGGGAGUUGUAGUUCAGCCACAGCUAGAGUGGAGAUGGCCCCCCACUCUUGGUCUAUAAAAUGUGUCAGGAAUCAUAACCUUCAAGAUAAUGCCAUCAAUUUAACUCAGAUUGUAAAAUUCAACAUUUGAAUUUGAACGUGCCUGGUUAGCUUUUAAAGGCAAAUGAACCUCUGUAAAGGAGAAUACUAAGUGGCUGCUUAAAAAAAAUGUUGCAAUAUUAAAAAUUAGAGCAGGGCAAUGUGGGGAAAUGAAUUUUGUUUACUAAUGGACAGUGAACUAAAAAAUUUAUCACCCAAUAUUUCUGGACUGGCUCUAUAAAAAGUGUUACGGGGUCUUGGUUCUGCUUUAAAAUAGAUAAAUUUGAGGAAGCUUAUUUAAAGUGACGUUGUGUCUCCUUUUGCAGUGUUCUGGAAAUCCACAAGGCGCAGUGACUCAUUCUAAUACCAAUUUAAAAACAGGACAAGACAGUUACACAUGGCUUCCACCCAACUCUGGCUGCCCUUCAGUAAUUAUAUUUGUGUAAGUUUCACUUGUUCUCUAAAAUACUGCCUUCCCUAAAUCAUAAGACAGUUGUGAGGAAUCUUCAGAUAUUGUUGAAAUACAACCCUCGUUCCUGGCCAUCCCUGGCUUGCUUGCUAGAGCUGAUGGGAAUUGUAGUUCAAGGCAAAGGUUCCCCAUUCCUGAUCUAGAUUUAAGCUCCUUCCCAUGGCUUCAGAAGCCUCUUUUGAUGGCUGCAAACAUUACCAGGCAAGUAAUGGGAAAUAAUUUUCUCUGUCUGCAUGCUAUGAUUUCAUUCUGCCAGGCAGAAGGCAAGUUCAUUUUAAAAGUAUGAGGGUCGUUCAUUAAAGACCCUGACCCACUUCCGGUUAUCGUAGGAGGAUGAAAUUGCACAUGUACAUCUCUCCAUAGGUAAUGUGGUAAUUUGUAGCUUUGAACUCCUAACAGUUUCUCUGUUACGGGUGCUAACGUGGAGUAACGUCUGGUAAUGGAACCAGUUGAAGCAGAGCGGUCAUCAGGUUCCUGUACUUGAAAGGGCACACACCACGGGAGACGUUCGAUGAGAUGAAAGGGACUUAUGGGGAAGAUGCCUCAUCGUAUGACGUAGUCAAGCACUGGCAUCGUCAGUUCAAGUGUGGUCAGACUUUGGUGGAACAGCUCCCAUUCCUGAGCGACCACAGUCCGUCAUUGAUGAAGUGGAGAUCGCCAUUCUGGAGGAACAUCGCAUAACCAUUCGCCAGCUAGCUGCAGAUGUCAAGAUCAGUGUGGGCUCUGUAGAAAAAAAUUAUCCAUGACCAUUUGUUCAUGGGAAAGGUGUCCACACGGUGGGUUCCCCGGCUGCUGCCUUUCCAGAAGCAGGAACAUGUCACAUGCUCAUGGGCUCAUUUGGCCAUGUGUCACAAAAACCAUGAUGGCUUCUUCGCCAGACUAAUUAUUAAUUACUCAGGACGAAACAUGGGUCCAUCAUUAUGAUCCAGAGACUAAAUCCCAGUCCAAACAAUGGAAACAUUCUGCCUCACCACCUCCAACCAUCGGCAGGCAAGGUCAUGCUCAUGGUCUUUUGGGACCAGCGUGGAAUAGUGAUGAUUGAUUUCCUGGCAAAGGCUACCACAGUUACCGGGACAUAUUAUGCUUCACUGCUGCAGAAAUUGUGGAAGGCCAUCAAAACCGAGAGGCGUGGUAUGCUGACCAAAGGUGUCUACCUCCUGCAGGAUAACACCCCAGUUCACAACUCACAUAUUGCUCAGACGGAAGCAUGGUCCUGUGGCUAUGAAAUCCUUCUUCAACCCCCUUAUUCUCCCGACCUUGCACCAUCAGACUUCCACCUCUUUCCAACCAUUAAGUUAUUUUUGAAAGGCAAGCUUUUUCCAGACGAUGAAAUGCUGAUUUCUGAGGUCAAGUUGUGGCUUCUGACGCAACCUGCCGACGAGGUCUCCACAACUGCAUAAAGUGAUGGGGGAAGUGUUUGACUCUUGCUGGUAGCUAUGUGGAGAAGGACUAAUAACUGUGCGGAGUUUCAUUUGUCUCAAUCCAUGGGAAGAAUGUCAGGGGAAAUCUUUAACCCUCGGAUAAUGAACUUUAGGAACUGCAUCAAAGUAAUUACAAACUGAAGAGGGUUUUUUUUAAUAAUAAUAAUAAUAAUAAUAAUAAUAAUAAUAAUAAUAAGAUGAUGAUGAUGAUGAUGAUUGUAGGAGUAGGCAGAACCCAAACUCAAUAUGCAGUGUAAUUGUGAUGUCCCUUUUCCUAUUGUAUCAGGGCUACAGUCGCCCAGUCUCAUGACAUCUACUGGACCAACGUCAAAUCCAAAGUGAUCUGGAGAAGUGAGUAACUUACCACUCUGUUAUGUGAAACAAGUUCCCAGUCUUGUUUCUCCCCAUCUCCCCAUCUCCCCUGAAAUUGAAUAGGCCACAAGUACAGAUGGCAUUGGGAUCAAUAUAUCCCAAUAACACAGCCUUCACCAACCAGGUGCCCUCCAAUGCUAGUAACUAGAAGUCCCAUCAACCACAGCCAUUGCUUGUGGGAUGGCUUUAGACUUGUAGUCAAACAUUUGAAGGGAACAAGAUUGGUGAAGGGCAGUAACAUAUCAGCUGGUAUAACGCUUUGCUUAGUUAUUUGAUACCCCGCUAUGGGAUCAGGAGAAAUGUUCCUUGUUUUAUUAUGAGACAGAAGGGGUUACUGGGUUACAUGAGACUGCCUUGUUUGAUAGUCUCUGGCCCUAGUAAAAUCAUUAGCUAUGAUAGAGUUGAUGAGUGUACCUUUCAUUUAAAAAAGACACCUAAUUGUUGGUGGAGAAACUGAAUGCAUAAAACUCAAAAGAUGUCAGGAUGUACGGUAGUUUUGCAAAUUUCAUGCUUUGUGCCCCAUUGGAGCCAAAAGCAACUAACACUGACUGGAAAAGAUGUACAAUGUAUUGAUGUAAUUUUUGGAGCAUCACUGAAAAAAUGCCCAGUGGUCUGAAUGAUGUGCCUUGCCUGCUUCUUAAUGCACGCUAACACAAUGAGGAGCAUGUGUGCUCAAUGGCCAUGGCACGCUGACCAAUUGUUGAUGGAUGAGGAGGAAACAGAAAACCAGGUGAAAAUGGGGGGAAAUGAAAUAUAUUGGAAAGGGCCUGGUUAGGGGUCUGACAACCCAAACAGGCCCAUUUCACACCACAACAUUUUGUUGCAAGCUCCACUUGUAUCUCAACUUUAACCUGUAUAUUCAUGAUUCUGAUUUUCUUUCCACCAUUGCAGAUUCCAAAGCUACCUGUGGAGUGGAAUCAUUUACAAGGUCAUUUGCUGAUGCAGCAAUAUUUUCUCUGCUCUUGAUUUUACUGGGAUACAUUUAGAAACCAGCAUACAACAAUUUACUCGCAUUCUUUAGUAAUCUAAACACAUUGUUUUGUGUGGGAUAUGCAUUAAAUAAUAAAAAGCUCUGCUCAUUGCAGUGAAUACUUUCCUGAAC